ACGGUGCCGUGUUCCUAAACGUUCAAUAACUAUUCCUAGUAAAGAGAGUGUGACAGCGACUGGUGAAUUGUUUUGAAUGCAGCUCACAUUAGACGAAGGAGUUGCCCUCUCCCAACAGCAUCAAAUUUAUGAUCACCUCAGAGAAGAAAGAUUAUAAAGAUAGAUGUGAAAGCUGGUCUCGCGACGUUAAUUUGAUGCAAAAUGCAACCGUUCUCAACAGUUAAGAAGAACUUUACGAUGCGGGACUCGCUCUGAGGUGUAAUUAUCCACGGAUGGACCUGGUGCCCGUCGGCUGAGACAUCAUUUACAAUCCGCUGUGAGACUGACGAGGCGGGACCGCCGACAGGAUGGUGGAGCGGUCGGACCGAGCCCCUCUGCUGGACUGGGAGGAGGUUCCGUCUGCGGAGAAGCCCGGCGGAGCGGCACCGGCGGCACCCCACGCCAAGGACCGACUGGCGAGCCCCUCCAACAGCCGUGUUGGGUGGAGCGGCAGUCCAGGGGGUCCCACUCCCAGCAGGUCUGUCUCUAACGCAGACGGCUGCAGCGCCCCACCCGCGACCUCCAGCAUCCCGGCGGGCAAGGAUGAAACCCUGCGUCCCGACAGCGAGGAGCAUCUCACGGAUCCAGGAUCGAGGGAGGUGUCGCUGGAGGACAGGAUGGUGAAAUGGGAGGAAAAGGACCAGAUUGUGUCGGUCUUUGUCGUUACAUUCAAUACCAGAUCAGGAAACAUGCUGGAGUGGUGUCUGCCCAAAGACAUGGACCUGGAGGGAGUGGAGUUCAAAGCCAUCGCCAGCGGCUCCCACCGAGUUACCACAGACUUCAUCUACUUCCGGAAGGGCUGCUACUUUGGCCUCGCCUGCUUUGCCAACAUGGCGGUGGAGAGCACGGUGGAGAGGGGGGCGAGGAUGAAGUCGGUAGGGAUCCUGUCACCUUCCUACACCCUGCUCUACCGCUACAUGAGCUUUCUGGAGCACCAGGUCAGGCUCCAGCUUCAGUCCCCGGGCCACUACUCCCCCCUGGAGGCCUUCUAUGAGGACAAGAGAGCACUUCUGCCCCCCAGUGGUGAUGGUGUUGUUACUGCAUGUCCAGCCAAUGCCUGGGGAGCUGCCAUCAACCACAGCAUGCACCCUGAGAUGAAGAUCACCCACCCUGCAGGCUGUAUGUCCCAGUUCAUCCGCUUCUUUGGGGAGCAGAUCAUGGUGCUGUGGAAACUGGCUCUGCUGCGCAGACGCAUCCUCAUCUUCUCCCCUCCACCUGUGGGUGUGGUCUGCUACAGAGUGUACUGCUGCUGUUGCCUGGCAAACAUCUCCAUCCCUGGGAUCGGCGUGGCCGUGCCCGAGUUCCGCCCGUUCUUCUACGUAAACGUGGCUGACAUCAGCGCCCUGGAGAACGAGCUCUCCUACGUGGCGUGCACUACUGAGAAGAUCUUUGAGGAGAAGAAGGAUCUGUACGAUGUGUAUGUAGACAAUCAGAAUGUAAAGACCUACAGAGACGGCCUGAAGCCUCUGCUCCGCCUCAGCACCGCAGACAGGGAGAAAUAUCGCAAACUCACAGAACAGAGGCAGAUGUUGCUGUACUCCCAGGAGGAGAAUGGAGACUGUGUGUCCAGUGAAGAGGAUCUCUUUAUUCUGUUUUUCCUGGAGCAAAACAACAGGAUUUUCCAGACCCUCAGCGAGGUGGCAGGGAGCUCCGAUCCCACGCUGACCCAGGAGAGCGUGAGGGCCAUGGGUCUGGAUCCCCACGGAGACAGGCUCUUCCUGCUCCACCUGCUGGAGAUCUACGGCUACGACACCCUGCUGGUGUCGGAGCAGCUGUGCUGCAGUUGAGAGACGACAGACGGCCGGCUUUCCGCCUUUCAUCACUGCUGAUUUAAAACUGGGGAUGAACUGCCUCGAGCAAACUCUGAGUGCUGCACUACUGGCUUCUUGGAGUCUUCAGGACCAUUUGGAACUUCUCUGGUAUCACGUUUUUUGUUGUAUAUCUCCCUGUGCUUCUGUUUGCUGUGGUUUUGCUCCUGAUGGCAAGAGCAACAAAAACAGUCUCAUGUAUUAUAACAAAGAGUAAUAUGGUCAGUUCUACUUGAUAAAGCCUUGCAGAGGCUUACGAUGGAUUACUCACCCAAAAGUGAUUCUCUGGAUCGGGUACAGCUGGAGCAUUUUGACACUGAGCCGUGUUUGAAUGCCAUGGAUGGCAGGUUCAAACACAAGAUGAUGGCUUGAACUGUACUGCGUGGACAUCAAGUAGAAUGAGACUUCCUCCAAGAUGAAGUCUUGAUUUGAAGAUUUUCAGUGAACAAAAAGGAUCAAUGUAUGAAAGUGAAAUAGAGAGGUAGCCGUCCUGUAAAUAAUAGUUUUUUCUUUUUAUGUAUAGUGUGUCAGCGUAUGUGUGAUAUGGGGUCCGCCUCUCUGCCAGUGUUGCUUUCCUUGUAUCAAGUGCUGGAUUUAAAACAUCCCAUUUUAAAGCCUCUUUGUCCAAAUCAGGGCCACCUUUUUUGUAAUCUAACUUAGGUCACUACAAGCAGGUCAAACCACUUUUGUCUUCAAGAGCCAUGUCUGUAAGCACUGCUGUUUAACUAGACUAUAUAAAGACUGUAUAAAAGAAGUGGAUGUAGCUACUGUGGCGUCACCCAUUGGUUGGUGGACUAACAUUUUCGAAGCCUCAAGUUUGGCAUUUUUGCUGUCACCAUUUGGGUUUAUUUGCAAACAGAACUGGACGAGAGGGUGGAGCUAUCGAGAAUGGAAGGGUGGAUCUGACUGAGAACCCAAGGACACCACCCUGGUAGCAACUUGUCAAUCACAAGGUAGACACGCCCUAUAGCAUACCCUGCUUUAUUGUCUAUCUUACUCUAAAUGGGACCUUAAUUUACAAAAUAACAUCCUGCUGUAUUGAGGAAGACUUGAAACUAGCGAUUGAGACCAUCAAAAAUCAAGUGAGAAGUCGGGUCAUUUUCUCAUAGACUUCUAAACUUCUUUUUACAACCAGUGGAGUCGCCCUCUGCUGGCCAUUAGAAAGAAUGCAGGUUCAAGGCACUUCCAUAUUGGCUUCACUGCUCAGACCCGGAGAUAACCCCUUGACUGGCACUGAGACAAAAUGACCGAUUUGCAAUUCAGUGUUAAGACUAAUUAUUUUUAAGCUAAGACCAAAUCAGAUUUUCUAAUGAUGUCCAACAGGCAAGGGUGACGUCCACAUGGAUAUGGAGGCGAUUUGAAAAUGGCUUAUUUGCACCCGUGCUGUCAGCUGAGCCUACAAUUCAGAGGCAUGAGCUGUUACAAAAGCACUGUUUAGUCUUUAAUGCUUUUUCUCAAAUGUAUAGUCGUGUUUUUCAGCUCUCGUAUCAAGACAAAGACCGGCCUUCAGGGGGUGAGUUCGCAACUUCAGAUGAUUCUCUAACAGCCAGCGUCUGCAGAAUAGAUCAUAGAGAAUCAGUUAAGACAUAACUUUUAAGCUUUGUACAUUUUAAAGCACACCAUAGCAGCAUAUGCUUUCAGCUUCGUUACCAGAGAGGUUGCAGUUGUUGGUAUCUUACGUUGUGUAUUGCUGUCGAUACAUGAGGUGGUGCAUCAAAGAAACAAGGUUCUUGGUUUAUCAGAAAUAAAGUGAGAAGCUUAAAGCUGCAUUAAUCACUUUUUUUUUUUUUUUUUUUUAAUACUUGUCUGCAUUGGUCUUCAUAGCUUAGCGCCACUAAAGGGUGUAAGCUUCUUGUGAAGAUUGAUGCACUGUUAAUCUUGCAAUCAAGUAUUUUAUACCCAUAAUGCGUGGUUGUGACCGUCACCCACCCUCCCUGGAGACUAGCCUAACAGCCUUUAUUGGAAAAACUUCCUAAUAUGAGUCAGAGAGGGCCGUGAUACACCAAAGUGUGUCAGGGGGAAAGUAAGGAAACAAGCAAGGGGGAGGGGGUAGGUGCUUAAGUCCUGAGUUAUAUAGUGACAGUGCAUGCGAAGAAGAAGGAGGAAAAACAAACAAACAAACAAACGAAAAAAAAAAAAACAGGGGAGAAACAGGCAGUGUAGCUGAUGUAUUGUAGCCUUGAGGUGGUUGUGCUUCAUGCAGAUUAUCAAAAAUAAACAUAUACAUGUCUACUAUACUGUACUGAAAAACAAAAACAAAAGAGAAGUCUAUACUGAACACCAAAAAUGUGAGAGUCUUGGUGGAGGGGGAAAGCCCGAUUGCAGAGAAGAGUUGCCAGCGCGGUGUGGUAGGUCUGAGACGCAAGUGGGCCCCUUUGGAGUGAUCCCAUCGGUUCUUUGCGAUGCGUCACGGAGCUGAAGUAUUGAACAUGCAUGCAUGUAUUUGAACCCUCCCAAUGUGUUUAUGAAAACCAUCACCAGGGUCCAGGGCCAGCCCUGCGGGGGAAGGGGGGCGGUAUG